CCCCACGCGUCCGAUCCUGAUCUGUCUUCUCUGGGCCUUCCUUACUCUUUUCCCUCUUUUCGGAUGAGCAUUUACGGCAACGGUACAGUAGCGGGGCCAGACAGUGACGAAGAUUUUGGAGAGUGAGAGAGAGACAGAGUCAGAUUUUUGGAGAGAGAGAGAGAGAGAGUUGAUAACUGCUGCUGUCGGUUUCCAAACGGAUUCGGACGCUGGCAUUGGCCAAUUCUAGGGUUUCAAUCUUGUAUAUGUUCGGUUACAUCCGAUCAGUAAUCUAUUGCAGAUUCUCUGUUGAACUCUGGAGAGAUCAAAGGAGACAAAGGAUCCAGUGGCUCUGCCUUUCAGGAAAACUAAGAAGAAGAUAAAUAGCACAAAACCGCGCAAUUACCUGGUCAACGGUCGGAUUGGUACUUUGCUUGAGUUAUGGCCGUCAUUUCUUUGGAUGUUUGGUUUCUCCUUUCACGGCAUGAACCAAAUUGUUUUCAUCGUUCAGAGCAUUGCAAUUCAACGCAGAAGAGAUUCUCUGCCAUUGCUCAAGGCUAAGAAGCAUGGUGUCCCUAUUAAGAGGACUUUGAAACUAAUCAAAUACUGCUAGUUAUCCUGUUGGGAUCAUGGGAAGCAGUGAAAGGUCCAGUGAGAAGGUUCUCUUAAAUGGAGACGUCUAUAUUGGUAAUUUCAAGGGGGUCUUUCCUCAUGGAAAAGGAAAGUAUACUUGGCCAGAUGGAACAGUUUAUGAAGGUGAUUGGGAAGCGGGAAAAAUGACUGGGAAAGGCAAAAUCUUUUGGUCAUCAGGUGCAACUUAUGAGGGUGAUUUUUCUGGGGAUUACCUUCAUGGAUUUGGCACUCUUAUUAGUCCUGAUGGGUCUAGUUAUAAAGGGGCCUGGAGGAUGAACAUUCAACAUGGGCUUGGAAGAAAAGAAUAUUGCAAUUCAGAUGUUUAUGAUGGUUCAUGGAAAGAGGGAAUACGUGAAGGCAGUGGUCAAUACGCUUGGAGUAAUGGUAGCACAUAUAUUGGAAACUGGAAAGCUGGAAUAAUUAAUGGCAGAGGGGUUAUGACAUGGGUUAAUGGUGACCUUUUCGAUGGCUUUUGGUUGAAUGGAUUGAGACAUGGGUCAGGCUGUUAUAGAUUUGCAGAUGGGAGUUACUAUUUUGGCACAUGGACCAAGGGCCUGAAGGAUGGUCAAGGGACAUAUUAUCCUGCUGGAAGCAAACUUCCAUCCCUAAGAAGGUUAUCUAGCUUUGGCGGGCAUGAGGGAAAGAGGCAUGAAGGAAAGAAGAAAAGGUUACUCUUUCAUAGUUCAUCCUUGAAUUCCAAAGAGUCCAGAGUUGUGGGUUCAACUGUCAAGCGCAGUCUUUCGGAAAAGAUUUCUACGAAAAGAUUUCCAGGAGGUCCAGGUCAAAUAUCACAGAGGACUAUAUCAUUGGACGAAGUUUCAAGCCUUUAUGAUUCCACCAGAGAGUUUUCAUCUCAUGACACUUCGUGCGUCUCAUCUCUUUCCUCCAACAGAGGACAGUACGAUGUGCAGGAUGAUACCAGCAUAUUUUUUGAAAGGGAAUACAUGCAAGGAGUUUUGAUUAAAGAGAGGGUUAGAAAAAGAACAGAACUACUACGCAAAAAUAAACAGCAGAGUAAGUUUCAUUCCAACAAAGUGAAAAGGAGGUCAUGUGUGGACAUCUUUGAAGGUCGUAAGAGUCAUUAUCUGAUGCUUAAUUUGCAACUUGGUAUCAGGUACACUGUUGGAAAGAUCACACCAGUACCCAUGCGUGACGUGAGGGCUUCAGAUUUUGGGGAGCGAGCUAAAAUACAAAUGUAUUUUCCAAGGAAGGGAUCCCAAUUUACACCUCCCCACUACUCUACUGACUUCUAUUGGAAGGACUACUGCCCUAUGGUAUUUAGGAAUUUGAGGGAUAUGUUCAAGCUAGAUGCUGCAGAGUACAUGAUGUCCAUCUGUGGUGAUGGCAGUCUGAGGGAAGUUUCUUCUCCAGGGAAGAGUGGCAGCAUUUUCUAUAUUUCUCAUGAUGAUAGGUUUUUCAUUAAGACUUUACGAAGAUCAGAAUUGAAGGUUCUACUCAAGAUGCUGCCUAGAUAUUAUUAUCAUGUAAAAGAUCAUGAGAACACAUUGAUAACAAAAUUUUUUGGGAUACAUAGAAUAAGACUGAGAGGUGGAAAAAAGGUACACUUUGUAGUAACGGGGAAUAUGUUCUACACCGAAUUGCGAAUACAUCGUCGUUUUGAUUUGAAGGGCUCAACACAAGGAAGAAUCACAAAUCAGGAUGAUAAGAUUGAUGAGAGCACCACCUUGAAAGAUGGUGACCUAGAAUAUGAAUUUCAAAUGGACAAGUUACUGCGAGAGUCACUUUUUGAGCAACUCAAUGUAGACUGCACGUUCUUGGAAUCUCAACAGAUAAUUGAUUACAGCCUUCUGUUAGGAUUGCAUUUUAGAGCUCCUGACCAACUGAGCGCCCCCUUAGAACCCCCUGAUGCACUGCAUAAGCAUGAAACCUUGCCUGGAGAUGAUGGUGCAAUAUUGCCAGAGAUCUCAAUUCCUCCAAGGGGUCUGCUCCUAGUUAUUCAUGAACCCAACUGUGUCAGCACUGCACCAGGUACCCACACUAGAGGAAAUACUCUCAGAGCUCUCUCUGUAGGGGACAAGGAAGUUGAUCUUAUCCUGCCUGGCACAGUGAGGUUACGGGUCCAAUUAGGAGCAAACAUGCCAGCUUUGGCUCAUCGCAAGCUUAAACAGGAUGGAACUGAUUCAGAAGAAGUAGAACUUUUUGAGGUCUAUGAUGUUGUUCUCUACCUUGGCAUAAUUGAUAUAUUGCAGAAGUACAACAUGAAGAAGAAGCUAGAGCACGCCUAUAAAUCACUGCUCUAUAACCCUAUGACAAUAUCUUGUGUUGAGCCCAAGCUGUAUUCCAGGCGCUUCAUCAGUUUUCUGGAGAGAGUUUUUCCGGCCCCUGAACAACCUUGAAGCAGAACAUCUUUGUUUUUGUGCUGGCUAAUUGGCAUUGCUUAGAAGGACUGGAUUGUGCUAAUAAUAGUAAUAAUAAUAUCAUCCUUGAUGUUCAAAGUUGGAGGCUUUCUUGCUCAUCAGUUGGCGAGGAUGGAUGCGUGAUGCCGGGUGUGCGGUGGCCUCUUUGAUGGAUUGGUUGCUGUUAGCUUUCUGUAUUCUUGCUUCCGCCUGCUUUUUCGAAGUUUGGUAUGUUAAAUGGUGCGGAUGCCUUGCAGUGCUUCGCUCAGGUCUGGAGUUUGUUGACCAUCUAAUUUCUAUUGGGCUACGAUGAUGCAUGGUACACUGGAAGUGGCUUCGAUUGAAUAUUGCUUUGCAUCUUUGUUUUGGUUGUAGUUAGGGAUGGGCUUGGUUAGGGGCUGCUGUUGCAGCAGUUUUGAUGUAUAGGUUGUGUUGCUGGAUGCUGAUACUGACACCACCUCUUUAUUUAAUUAAAGUCUUCUCAUUUUUUGUUUUAUCAAAAACAAAAGAACAUGGUUUAUUUGGAAUUGUUUGGUCGCUUAGUAUGAAAAAAAGUUGUGCGCUAUCCAGCUGUUAAGAGAACGAGAGUUUGUGGGCAACUAACUAAUAAUCUUAGCUAGUAGUGACCAGUGCAGUGCUCAUGUCAUAUUAACUGAGAUAACACACGGGGGCUACCUCACCUGCCAACAUGUGUUACCAACAGUCACUUGAAAUUGCAAAAGCCACUUCACAACUGUGAAAUUGAAUGCACCCAUUAACCAAUUUCACAAAAAAACAAAAAAGAAGAAAAAACUAUCAUUUCAAGCCAAUCGCAAAAGACACUUUGGGGCGGGAUUUGUUCUUGCCCAAUAACUUCAUCUGGUUUGCUCGUUCU